CAUUCCACAAACGUUCACUGCACCAGUUGCAGGUCCCCAGUUCACUGCUGACGGUGGACCGGUCUUUUGGCUCUGCAGCAGAUUCAUCCGGGGCUUCAUCAAGAUUAUCUGCUAGCGUUUCAUUUUUAAAACAGCGCAACAAGUGCGUCAUUCGUCGUCGCUGUGAACAAGUGAGUGGUGGAAACCAGCAGCAGCUAAGAAUCGAUGUAAAGUUCUUCCAAGUCACCAGUCAACGCUCGAACGUCAAGCCACAGAGACGUUGAAAUAUUUCAACGAGACUUGCUGAUCGUUGGCUCGAAAGCGAGUUUAUCCCGCGCGUUCACUGAAAGUUGCACUGGAAAUUUUCGUUUCCUACAACCUUCAAACUUGUGUGUUUGUGUAAUAUAGAAAAAAAAAGUCGGACAACUUUCGAAAAACACUCGGGCAAGCUAGCUUUCCAAUAGAAAAACGGCAGAGAAGAAAGAGCGCGAAAGGAAUGAAGACUGAAGCCGACUGGAAGUACUCGCCCGUUCUAUUAUGUCGGCCGGAUAUCCAUCCGUACGAUUUACCCAGGAUGAGACCGAGUUUCCCAAGGACGGAAGGACGACAGGUCCAGGAGGAGGAAUAUCGGAUCCGUACCUCGACGCUACGCUAUUGGCUCAUCGGAAUCCUGGCCGUCAGCGCCAUCCUGUUUAUCGUGAUGGGAAUUCUGGUGACGAUGUUCUUUUCCCAAAUCAUCGACAACUUUAUUUACAAGGAGCUAGUCUUGAAAGUUGGAGGCGAAACGUACGAAAUGUGGCGCAAGCCGCCCGUCGAGCCCCAGUUGAAGGUUUAUUUCUUCAACGUCACCAAUCCGAGGGAUUUCCUUCAAGGCGAGAAACCCAUUUUUCGCGAAAUUGGGCCUUACGUUUACAACGAACGAUGGGAGAAGGUUAAUUUCACCUGGCAUCCAAAUGGAACCGUCUCCUAUCAGCCGACCAGAACCUUCUUUUUCAACCGGGAAAUGUCCUAUGGUGAUGAGUCUGAUUUGGUGCAGACACUCAACAUUCCACUCGUCUCUGCAGCGGAUCAAAUGAAAUACGCCGUCAAGUUGACUCGCCUCGCUCUCGGCUCAAUGUUGGGCGUCCUCAAUCAAGAGACCUUCACCGUUCGCUCCGUCCGGGAUCUCAUGUGGGGCUACAACGACAGCCUCUUCAAGUUGGCCAAGGAUGUGAUGCCUCCAGAGAACGUCGUGCCCCACGAUCUAUUUGGCCUUUUUGUUGGCAAAAACGGGUCGGCCAGCGACGGAGUCUUCACUAUUGCGACUGGCGCUAAAUCAAUGUCCAACUACGCCAUGAUUGAUAAUUGGAACGGAAUGACCAAUUUGCCGUUUUGGCAAUCCGACCAGUGUAACCGUAUCGUCGGCACAGACGGAACGGCUUUUCCACCGGAGCUGACGCCCAACACCACACUCCAUAUGUUCAAUCCCGAACUGUGCCGAGCCAUGCCGCUCGUCUACUACAAGGACGUCGUUCACAACGGAGUCGCUGGUUACCGUUUCGGACCUCCGAUCAACGCGUUCGACACGCCGGCCACAAAUCCCGAUAACGCUUGUUUCUGUCCCCCUGGCACGAUGGAACGCGAUGGCAAUUGCGGCAUCAAAGGCCUGUUCAACAUCAGCUCCUGCAAAUUCGGCGCCCCCAUGGCCGUUUCCUGGCCUCAUUUCCUUCACGGAGAUCCGAAAUUAGUCGAAGAUGUUGUGGGAUUGAAUCCAGAUAUUAAUCGCCACGGAUUUUUCUUGGAUUUCCAGCCCAAAUUGACCAUCGCCAUGUCAGCUGCAGCUCGUAUGCAGAUUAAUCUUAUGCUGUCCAAGGUAGAAGAUAUCAAACAGGUGGUUGGACUUCGUGAAAUGGCAUUUCCGCUCUUCUGGUUUGAAGAUGGUAUCGACAAACUGCCAGAUGAUGUGAGCCAAAAACUGAAAAUGGUGGCCGAGAUGCCCGAAGCAGCCCGAGCUGGAAUCUCUUACUCUAUGUUCGGUUUGGGUGGUAUUCUGCUCUUUUGCGUGGCCCUGAUGAUCUGGAAGCGGAUGAAGAGCAAGUCGUACGGUGCUGGGGGAGUCAACAACGCCGACGUCGAGUUUGAGAAACGGACCGACGCCGUCACCGUUCACAAGACCAACGGCAAAAGUCGGCCUGCAGAAGAUUCUGAUCUCCCCCGAUAAGCUUUCUUCUCCCGGUCAAAUGUUUUGUAUUUAAAUUACUAGUUUUGUCUUCUUUCUUUCUCCCAUCUUGCUCCAAUUCAAUUAAUCGAGUUCAACAGUUCCGCUCAGAUAUAGACUCCUCCUUCUAUUUCUCCACUUAUUUGGCCAUUGUGUAAUGACGAGCGUGUGUGUGUAGUGCGUUUGCGUGUGUGUGAUUGUGUGUCGAUGGUUUGUACGUGGUGCCAAACGAGUGGUGUGGACUUGUUUUGUAGACAAUUCCGAUUGUGACAUUGGCGAUUUCUCUCUCAUGACUCUUGCGAAAUCUAUUAAUCACCCCAUGUAUAUCAUAAAACUAUAUAGAGAGAAUGGAAAUAUCACACACUCAUCGAUUUUUGCUCCCUCCUCCUCCCUUCUUUGUUUGUUUCAGUGGUUUUACUACUCCCAUGUCUAUCUUGUAGAGAUUAUCGCGACUUGUAUCUCCACGUGACAACAUUCCUCGAAUAUUCUUUCCUUUGGGGAAUAACAACAAGAGAAAAAGAAAAGAAAAAAAAAACAAUCGAAAAAUAGCAUUCAUUUUCACAGUGAAAUAGUUUUUCGUUUCUUUUUUUUUUCUAAUUAUUUUUUCAAAAAAGUAAUGCGCUCAAAUGUUUCGUGCCUUUCAUUAUUUUGCUGGUCCCGUGUUUUAUAUAGUAGUUAUAAUUUGUUUGUUUUUUUUCCUCUUUCUUUGAUGUCGUGCUCUCUCUCACAUAUCUCGUAAUUUCGUUACGGACGAACGAAUGAAAUGAAAUUCCCAAGGACCCAAUAAGACGAUGACCGUGAAUGAGCAAAUGUUGAUGAAUGAACCAGCCGUUUCUUUUACGAAAUAAAUAAAAACUCAAAAUAAUUAAAA